AUGUCGUCUUCAUCAUCAAUUGUCAACCACAAGUUUUCGUCGUCGUCAUCUGCUUCCCCGAACGCAACCACAGCCUCCUCUCCAACACCGUGUCUACGGAUCAUGUUCACUGGAGUCGUUCCAACUCCUCUUCUCGGAAAAUCCGUUUCGUUUGAACUCCAUCGAGAAUUGACCUCUCUCACCGUUUCUCAGUUGAAAUUCAGAAUAUUGGAUCAAAUUGUGAGUGAUCGAGAGGCAGAGGAAGAAGAAGAGAGAAAUCAUCAUACAAACAAAAAUAAUAACAAUAGUAAUCAUACAAAUAAUAAUAAUAAUAGACAAAAUGUAUCAUCCUCCUUAUCAUCAUUGGAUCAUCAUCACCGUCAUCCUCACAGUUCGGACUCAUCCUCGCCCUCUCAAAAGAUUAGAAUAUUUGUUUCUCAAGCCAAAAUAUUUGGAUUUAAAUUAAUCAAGAUGGGAUUCGUGUUGGAAGAUUCUCAACAUUUAAUGAAAUAUUUGAAAAAUCCAAUUCCAACCGCUACAGGAGAAGAUGAAUUCCCAGCUCUCACAACUUGGCACGCUGUUUUCCAAGAUUAUAACUCGAUGAUUCAGGAUGGAUUGGAGCAAGUCGAUGUCUAUGGACUCAAAGAGAAGCAAGGUUUACAGGCAUUAUUGGGCCAGGCCAGUGAAGAUGCAGCUCCGUUUCAUGCAGGUGAUAUUUCUGAGCCUCCUUCUCGAAAUGGUGGCUUUUCAUGUUGUCAAAUUUUAUAA